AUACCCAAAUAAAAGAUGGACUAUAGUUUUUUUUUUUUUUUUUUUCCUGAAAUCUGCACAUUCUUUAAGAAUGAGUUUCUGAUUUUUUGGCACCUCCAGGAGCAAUGGAAGAGUAGUACACCUGCUUCUAAGAGGAGGGAUAGGUCUGAAAUAGAUGAUGAUGAGGGUGGGCAUAGUGAGAAGAGAAGGAGAAAAGGUGGAAAGAAGAGAAGGAAGGAUAAGAGUUCGAAGUCACACUAUGAAAUGGAAGAAAAUGAAGCUGACAUGAUGGAUGAUCAUGAAGAACUGGAAGAUGAAGAUGCCAAUAUUAAUUACAGGGAACACAGAAGCCAAGGGAAUGAUUAUGAUGAAAAUGCAGAAGAAAAUGCUCAGGAACUUCUUGCAGCAGCUGGGCUUGAAGAUUCUGAUGCGGAGGAUGAAGCAAAGCCUGCGCCUUCAUCAACAAGUAGGAGGAGGCGGGCAUGGUCAGAAUCUGAUGAUGAUGAGGCAUUAGAGAGGAAACCACAGUCCAGUCCUGUCCGAGAAAAUUCUGCUGAGCUGCAAGAGAGCGAUGGAGAAAUCAGAGAGGAUGUUGACAAGCAACAUGGUGAUGCUGCUAUGGACGAUGAAGAUUGAUGUCAGAGAUUUUCAACUGUAGCAUUAGGAACAAACUAACAUGUGAAUGCUUUGAGAAAGGCCAUUGCCUUCUACACUAGGGAGAUAUUUUUUAUAUGGUGUGCUAAUGUAAUUAAGGUUAAUAGAAAGGUAACUCUGCCAUUCCUUUUUAUUUCUUGAUUAUCACAGAAAUAUUAAAAUUUGGGCA